CGUUGUACGAAAUACGGAGCCGUCAUCGGUGUCGUCGUGACGAAGUGACGCCGCGUACACGAGGCACACGCGUUUUCCACGCGACGACAUCCCGUCCCCGACGAGUUUCACGCAUAUUUCCGUUACGAUCAAUCGAUGGGUUUUAUAACGAUCAUGGCGGCCAUACCGGUCGCUCUCGCCGUUUCGGAGUACGAUCGGUCGCGUCGAUGUCGAUGAGACGUGAUCUCGUCGCGUUUUACGCGCGGACAUCGCGUCCGGCCUCUCGCUGUUCAUCGGAACGUUCAAUCGCGGAUUAAUGACGUUGCAUCCUCGUCGCCUCGCGAUGGCUGGAAAUCACGGAUCACCACAAUGGAGGAGAUUCAUCAACCACCGCAGGUCGGGCCUAACAUGAUGGCUGGUGUGGGUAGCGUUCCUAAUCACUCAAAUAAUGUCAAUCGUCGCAAUAGAGUUCGUGUAACUUUACAUGCUAUGAUGUUGGAGAAGCUGCCAUUGCAUGAAGCUGCACGUUUGGAAAUGAAGGCGUUACCCAGCAAAACACCCGUCUCCGUUCUCCAAGAAUUACUUUCCCGCCGAGGCACAAUACCCAAGUAUGAAUUGGUCCAGAUAGAAGGAGCUAUUCAUGAGCCUACAUUUCGAUAUAGAGUCACCGUCACCGAUGUUGUUGAAGCAGAUCCAAUUGUUUCAGCAAUGGGGACUGGCAGGUCCAAGAAAGAGGCGAAACACGCUGCUGCGAAAGCUGUGUUGGAUAAAUUAAUUGGAGUAAAUACUGAAAAUGCAGAAUCUCCACUUCCAAAUAGUUUGCCUGAUUCACAAAAUAUACAAGAAUUACAGUCAUAUGGAGAGGAGAAGGUAGUAAACAAUCCAAUCGGAGCCUUACAAGAAAUGUGUAUGUCGCGUCAUUGGCCACCUCCGAAAUACACGAUGGAGGGUGAAGAAGGUUUACCUCAUGAGAGACAAUUCACUAUUGUUUGUUCAAUAUUAAAGUAUCGCGAAGUCGGUCAGGGAAAGAGUAAAAAGGUCGCAAAGAGGCAUGCUGCUCAUAAGAUGUGGCAAGCUUUACACGAUAUGAAUAAUCAAGCUCCCAAUGUGGAUGAAGAUGAGAUUGUGCAAAGAAAUGCAAACGUGAGCGCCCGUUAUGCCGAUCUGAAAGGUAGCAAAAUUUCGACACUGACAACAGUACAUAGUAUCCAAGUUUCGAAAUUUCACAAGAGUCUCAAGUCGUCCACAGGUGUUAAACUUUUUCAACUGCAGAAUACUUGUUUCAACGAUGGGGAUGUAAAUUUGGUACAAUUUUUACAAGAAAUCGCGUCGGAGCAGCAGUUUGAAGUAACCUAUGUUGAUAUUGAAGAGAAAUCUAUCAGUGGUAAAUUCCAGUGCCUUGUGCAACUGUCUACCCUGCCAGUGGCAGUUUGCUAUGGUUGCGGUGCGACUAGUAAAGAUGCUCAAGCCAGUGCUGCUCAAAAUGCUCUGGAAUAUCUGAAAAUUAUGACCAAAAAGUGAGCCAGCGCUUUGCUCCUGCCAGCUGUCACCAUCACCUGCAAGUCCCACAAUCUGGCGUCUAAUAAUAAGAACAAUAAUACCGACAUCAAAGUAUUACCGACCAAUCAUCAUAUUUCCGAGAAAGGGAAGAGCGGACAGAAGUUAGACCACGUGGGAAAGACUAGAACAUCCAAGUUGCCUGCUAGAGUAACGAGCACCACAGCGGGCAAUAAGGAUUCCGCUUUGCACACCGUCACAACGUCCGGAAGCUCAAUUUCCACUGGCAAAAUUAACUCGUCGACGAAAAAACAUAACGAAA